CGGCGUGCUGAUAAAGCGUCAGUUUCGCCGCAGACUUGCACCGAUCGGGUACUCUGGUCUCGUAAAUUAUUCUCGACCGUGUUUCGAGUUAUAGAUCGCGAAGUGAUCGAAUUUCGAUAAGUUUUUCAAACAUGAACUCCGCAACAGCGGUUCUGUUAGCGUGCGCUGUGACAAUUGUCACCGGUUCCGGCAACUUACAAGUCGUCAACGAAUGGACGUUGCUCCAAUACGAUGUGCCGUUUAAUUAUCCCAACGCCGACUCUUACAAGCCCGAAGUAACGAUAUCCACCGGAAUUGAAAUUGGAUGGGACAGAAUAUUCAUUACGACCCCGAGACUGUUCAAUGGUAAUCCGGCCACGCUGGCAUGGGUGCCACGCAAUCGAGCUGGCGUGAAUUAUGACACGCAUAAAUCGCCAUUGUUGCAGGCUUAUCCUAACUGGGAAUGGCACAGCGAAGCGUCCAGCGGCGAUAUACUGACGACGCCGACGCCCAACUGUUCCAGCCUGAUAUCCGUGUUUCGGGUGAGGGCAGACAGGUGUAAUAGGCUGUGGGUGCUGGACAGCGGAGUCAUGGACAGCAUAGAGACAUUCAAGACGGUCUGCCCGCCCAAGUUGUUGGUGUUCGAUAUGAGAACGGAUCGAGUGGUGAGAAGCGUGACAUUGCCUGCUGAAAUAUUGAGGCCCAACACUCUUUUGACAAAUCUGGUGAUCGAUGAUCAGGUCGAAGUGUCUCAUCUGCAAGACGGAUUCCUCGGUGACUGUGAUAACGUAUUUGUGUACAUGACCGACAGCACAAACCCAGGCAUUUUGGUAUACGACGCACGACGAGACACAGCGUGGAGACUCUCGCAUCCUUACAUGUUCCCAGAUCCAGACUUCGGAACCUUUUCGGUAGCCGGCGAAUCUUUCACCCUGAUGGAUGGCGUUAUCGGCCUAGCUCUAUCGCCUUUCGGAUCCGCAGGUCGCCGCCUGUACUUCCAGCCGUUCGCUUCCGAUCGUCUGUUCUCCGUACCCACAUCCGCACUCAAGGCUGGACCAAAUUUGGGUGACGAUGCCGACCUUCCAGUGUCGCUGGUAGGCCACAAAUCUUCACAAGCUGCCCCGUUGGCUGUCGAUCCCAAGGACGGAGCUCUCAUAUUCAGUCCGGUGUCCGAAACGGCCUUAGCCACUUGGAUUCCGGGAUCCGUGGAACACGGUGUGUUGGCAUACAGCCCGGAGGAACUACAGUUCGUAUUGGAUAUCAGAUCGGCCGAUCGCGACCAAGGCGCAAUUUGGGUGGUAUCGACGCGUUUACAACGAUUCUUCAAAAAGACACUGGACAAGAGGGAAGUAAACAUCCGUAUCAUGAGGAUAGUCAGAGUUCCGGAAUUCUUGCCGUACGCAUUCAACAACAAUAACUCUCUGCUGCUGUUCAAAUGAUCAGUAGUCAAUAUUAUACUGGACAUUGCACCUACCCGACGAUAAUUUAUUGCUAAACCAUGUUAUAUAAUUAGCCUAUAACCAUAGGUACCACAAAAUUUAUACCAGACGAUAUGCGGUAUACGCCAAGAGUCUGGUAUACUGUAAUGAAUAAUGAUGAUGCCAUUUUAUUUAGGGUCGCACUACGUUCGCGUAAUAUAAUAAUAUACUACUAUAUUAUAAAAUUGAACGGAGCUGCGACAUUUAUUUUAAUAUUAUAAUUACAUUGUGUACAUACUAUUAUUAAUUAAUUAAUUACGAUUGAAAUAAUUCCGAUCGAAUCCCGCCCCUUCGGAUGUUCAGAUAAUAAUAAAACGAGACAAUGUGUAAAGGCGAUUUGAUUAUAAUUGUAUAGGUUAGGUAUGUAUUAUUAUUUAUUGUUAAAUGUGUCUCCUGAUCUUCAACACAAACAUAUUUUAAUCGAACAGAUGUACUUUUGAUUUAUAAUUUUCGACAGAAACGCAACGUAAAUCGAUUAUUUUCAAACCGAGCUGAAGUCUCGGAGGUUUGUAUUUAUCAAAAAAAAAUACUAAUUAUCUAGUGUUGCCAACCAUAUUAUUUGACAGAUAUUUUACGAUAAAAUACGACGAUUUCGACGCAUCAUGGAAGAUGUUAUUCUAUUUUGGUAAACUGUAUUAUUAUUAUCGUCAUUAUGAGGUAAAACGAAAAUUUAACCGCAUAAGACAUAACUAUACAUCGAUGUUACCGAUGUAGCACCAAUACUCUGUUUAUUGUCACUUUAGUGUUUUAUGAUUGAUCAAAAUAUAUUAUUUAACAUUAAAUAAUUUUAAGAAUAUUGUAAUUUUGUCCGUUAUUGAUUGUUAGUGUAAGAAUGUAUAAUUAUUUCGGUUUCAUUAUUAUUAUAUUAUUAUAAAACAAAUAUUUCGUGUAAUGUGUCUUACCCUGUUUAUUAAAUUAUGGAAUAUUAUAAUAAAAUCUAUGUUUUUAAAUUGUGAACA